AAUCCAUCAGCGCCAGAGCUUGUUGACCUAUUGAACAGCCUAGUCCAUUUCCGAGGGCUGUCCGCUCCACUGCCAGCGGGGAAAGAAAGAGCCUCUGUUAUUCCAGUGACCCCGGUGUGAGAAGAGGAGUGUGUGCAUAGUGUGUGAGAGGCUCUCCCUAUGUGUGUCACAAUGGGAGACAUCAGUGACCUGGACCGACAGAUAGAACAGCUCCGACGCUGCGAGCUCAUUAAGGAAAAUGAAGUCAAAGCACUGUGCGCAAAAGCCAGAGAGAUUCUGGUAGAAGAAAGUAACGUCCAGAGAGUAGACUCUCCUGUCACGGUGUGUGGCGAUAUCCACGGUCAGUUCUAUGACUUAAAGGAGCUGUUCAGGGUCGGUGGUGACGUCCCAGAGACAAAUUAUCUGUUCAUGGGCGACUUUGUGGACAGAGGCUUCUACAGUGUGGAGACUUUCCUUCUUCUGCUAGCUCUUAAGGUACGCUAUCCAGACAGGAUAACCUUGAUUCGGGGGAAUCACGAGUCCCGCCAAAUCACCCAGGUCUACGGCUUCUACGACGAGUGCCUCCGCAAAUACGGCUCGGUCACCGUGUGGAGAUACUGCACCGAGAUCUUUGACUACCUGUCCCUCUCCGCUAUCAUCGAUGGCAAGAUCUUCUGUGUGCACGGCGGCUUGUCUCCUUCCAUCCAGACACUGGACCAGAUCAGGACCAUUGACAGAAAACAAGAAGUACCUCAUGAUGGGCCAAUGUGUGACCUCCUGUGGUCGGACCCUGAAGACACCACAGGGUGGGGGGUGAGUCCCAGAGGUGCUGGCUACCUGUUUGGGAGCGACGUGGUGGCCCAGUUCAACGCUGCCAAUGACAUCCACAUGAUCUGUCGAGCACACCAGCUGGUCAUGGAGGGCUACAAGUGGCACUUCAACGAGACGGUGCUGACUGUGUGGUCAGCGCCCAACUACUGCUACAGGUGUGGCAAUGUGGCAGCCAUCUUGGAGCUGGAUGAGCAUCUACAGCGGGAGUUCAUCAUAUUCGAAGCAGCGCCGCAAGAGACCAGAGGAAUCCCCUCCAAGAAGCCAGUAGCCGACUAUUUCCUGUGAAGUUUUUCAGAAAAGCAGAACAGCCAUGAUGUGUCCAAAAAAAACCUCCCGCACCAUUUCACCACCGGCCCUCCUGCGCCUCCAUCCUGCUGCUGCUGGACGCUCCUGUCAGUCUGAACUCAGGGCGGUAAGACAGAAAAAACCUGCCCCAACCCCUCGACGAGCUGGAUUUUUUUUGCCGCGCUGUCCGAGCCUGACAGAGCCGUAACUGUGAAAGGUGUCGGGGGGGCGAGGCGGACAAACUGGGCCCAUGACUGUUGUCUCUUCACCUCAGAUAUAUAAAGACGACCAUUUUCUUUCUCCCCUCAGCCUCCUUCCAUUCGUCUUCUUUCUCCUCUCUCACUUCCUGUAGAUACACCUCUCCUCUCUGACUACACCUCAGUUUUACUUGUAGUUUUUUUUAUUUUCAUGACGAACGUUAGUUUUAGAAUUAAUUGGAAGGAGUUUAAUCUUUUUCUUUUGGUUUCCCUCAAAGUUUGCAGAUUUAGGAACAAUUUUAUCAUUCAAGGAAUUCCUUCGAUGCAUUUGUUGUCCUUUUGUUUUUUUUUGUUUUGUAUAAUUGUUGCCGUCAGGAUUAAAUGCAAAUUGCUCUUAUGUUUCUGUUGAACCGUCACGCGUGUCACUAUUUAACAAGCCCGGUGCCGCAGCUCAGCACCUUCACCUUCCAGAAGUGUACAGACUGGCCACCAGGAGUCGCUAUAUUCACCAUUGUUCUCUCUCUUAAUUCAUCUUAAUCUACAAACCUCUGUAGGUCUGUCAUUUUUGAUAUUGUGAGAAUAAAGUUUUUGUAUCAAUGCCGA